AUGCCUCGGGCAACGCAUCCGGGUCCCGCUGCUCUCCGCAACCGCAACAGGGUCACCAAUAAGACACGCCUCAAGGUCAUCAAAGAUACUAUCGAAGCGGACUCGAUUGUACUCGAUGAGGACGAGGAGAAGGCCAGGGUCGUUUCUACAGCCGGCGUGGACGCCGAGGAUGCCAACGAGCAUCACCUGCAAGCGGUCUUAUCCGCAGCCGCGUCUCGGCAUCAGGCCUUGCGCGCGACGAGGGCGGGCGAGAAGGACCCUGCGCCCGCCGCCUACAUCCCGACGCCUGAUAGUACCGGUAUAGUGCACAACUAUGCUGAUCUUCAUGUCGCGGGUCGCUGGAAGGAACCACAUGGAUAUGUCAAGUACUCCGAGACCGUCGAGGAGGCGACUUCGUUUGCGCUUGCGAAUGGGUUCAUCUACUAUAUGGACGAGCGCGACAAGGAGUGGCUAGACAAGAACAAUGAACAAGCGCGUGGGGAAGGCAGUAGCUCCGCAAGCACAGUGUCUGGCACACGCUCCGCUCGAAGCGCGAAAGCGAAAGGCAAGGAACCGGAUAUCGUCCAGCCUAUAUCGAUCUCAGAAAACGAGUUCGAGCUUGUCAUGUCCAUCCUCGAGAAGGUCACGCACGAGAAGACCGAGUUCUUGCACCACGGCCUGCAACAGGGCGCCCCCUUCCCGCCAUUCUCGGAGUAUCAAGACACAUUCGCCACUCCCCUUCCUCCUGAUAUGUUUGCAUGUUAUUCUGCGCCUAGCUGGAUUCCUGCUCCGGCCCAGAUGCUCCGCUUUGCCCGCCUAGUAUAUCCUUACUGGCGAGAACGGCGAAUCGAGCGUGGCGGGCACCGGAUCAUCCCUGCCGUUAAUCUCGACGAAAGCGACACGAAGAACGAGUCAUAUAUCUGUUUCCGGCGUCGCGAGAUCAAGGCGGUUCGCAAGACUCGCGCCUCUCAAACAUCGUUCUCCGAUCGAAUGGUUCGGCUGCAAAGCGAACUGUCCAUGGCGCUGGACCUCGUACAGAUGGUACAACAGAGAGAAACGUUGAAGCACGAGUCGGAGUCCCACAACAGCAUUGUCUGGGCGAAGCGGAGAUCGCUCGCAGAUCUCAAACGCGCGCAGCCGUCACUUGGUGCUAAGGACGACGAGGAGCUCUUCUGGGAGAAAGACAAGGAGAGGCCACCAAAGAAGAAGCGUCUUGGUAGUAAAAAACCAGGCAUCUCGGUCAAACAACCUCCAGAAACUGGGUCUCCUGUUCCUGCCCCGACACCUCUCAUCCGACCCAAGGACCGACAGGCUGCCAUUCAAGCCGCCGUCGACCACGAAGUGUCCCGUUUCAAAGAUUCCAAGUGGGAGGAUGUUAGCGACAACCCUUACCUUUCCCCAUUCACCCCAUACGGUUGCCGACUAUUCAAGCCUAUUCCCGCACGUCCAACACAGUCGAUGUCAACUGUUGACGAAGACCGGCUUGCGCCGGCAAAGCCUCGCUUUGCUCGUCUCAGGAGCGCCCGCGGCCGUGGACGGCUCAUGCUGGACCGUCGCAUCAACGCAACAUUAAGGGCAGCGCGCUUUGACGACGAAGAGGGCAAGGACCGGGUCCAGCGACUUCAAGAGCGGUUCAGAUAUGACGAUGAUGAUGGGGCGCACCUUGGAAAGGUGGGGCCUGAUGAGGUCGACCGCAAGUUCGUGGAUGAGCGCCAGCCAAGCCAUUUGCUGUUUUCGAUGGGACUUCUUCAAGGCGACGAUUUCAAUCGACUGCAGACAGACCCAGUUCUCAGACUGUCUUCAGGAGAGCACAAGGCGUAUUCGAUCGGCCCCACUCCUCUCGUCAUGAAACAGCCCCUGCCACAAAUGCGCCAACCGACUACACCCACCGUGCCGUCUAUCAGCUCUGGUGGCAUGUCUCAGCCUGGACCGAGCGGAACCAGUGGAACGCCCAUCUCGCAACCCACUGUCGUGAAGAAGCUUCCACAGUCCAACGGCCAAGUGCUUCGGAUCUCGAACGGCCGUGUGCUUUCUGGUGGACAUGCUCCCCAAUCCCCUCAUACUAGUCCCCCAUCCACCGCCACUUCGACCACAUUUCCCGACGUUCAUAUCACACCUGCCAAGACCGCCGACCCGGAUGUCCAGAUGACCGACGCCAACCCCACCAAUGUCCCAGCACCCCCCACUACUCCCUCUCUUCCUAUGCCAUCACCUUCACCCGUGUCCGCGAAGACUGUGAUGUCGACAGCCGCAGUCAACAUACACAACCUGCAGAACGGUUAUCCCAUGUCCGUCAACGGCUACCCGAUCCAGAAGAACGGUUACAUCCAUCCGAACGCGCGGCACAACGGCCUCAGUCUGCAACAAAUGCAGUCGAUAGCGACGAUGCUCCCCGACAACAACGUUAACAUCGCUCUGCGGCAACCUGGGGCGUACAUAAUACCGAACGGCGCACCCUACCCUAUGCAAAUGGCCGGCGGUCGUCCCGUCCCGUGGCCGAUGACGGGUCAGCAGUCUCCUCCGAACGUUCCCAAUGGUGUUGCCGUGGACGGCAGCAGCGUGCAAGGACAAGCAGGCUCUCCAGUACGUGCACCCUCCGCAAGCGGUAUGCGCGCGCCCCAGCGCGCCCCGAUGGUGAACGGCAACCCCGCGCUGGUGGCACCCGCGAACGCGCACAUCGCCGCGCGGCUCGCACCGCACUCGCCCUCCCCCCAUAUGCUCAGCCCCAACAUGGCGGCGUCGCAGGUGAACGUGCACAGCUCGCCACCACGCGCGCCGCAAUCCGCCAUCCCGACACCGUCACCGUCGAUGCAGUCGAGGCAGCUUGUGAGUGGAUCCGGGGCGGCAGGGUAUUGA